GUUAUCUUAAGUUCUUAACAAAUAAAAUGCAGUGCCCUGUGCCCAAAUAUUUAUAAUUUUAUACCUGAUUCCUGAACCUCAGAACCUGAUACGGUGAGGUGGGGUGAGCAGUUGAGACUUGAGAGAGGCGGAGAGCAGAGAAUCAGAGAGAGGCUGAGGCGGUUCAGCUGGAGACUGGAGACUAGGGAGAGGCGGAGAGCAGAGAGUAGAGAGAAAGGUUUCAAAGUUAUGAACUGGAUACAGCGCAAGAUCUAUCUUUACAAUGUCACUUUUGGGCUCUACAUGUUGGAUUGGUGGGAGCGUUAUCUUUUCAAUACGUUGGUGAUUGUCUUGAUGUGGUUCGUUCUUUACAAUGGAUCACGAUAUGUGACUGAGUUCUGCAAGAGUUAUUAUAUGUGUUGACUAUCUUUCAUGCAUUAUGUAAGUUUUUGCAUAUCAAAUGUUAUGAUUGGGGAUUUGGAGAUCAUAGAGCUCAUGUCUGAUUCAGCAUGGUUAAUAUAUACACUGUCUUUUUUAUAAUAACUUUGUUGCUAUUUAAAAUUGAAUUUUGGUUGGUUCAGAAGAAAGAAAAAAUGAUAAAAGCUAGCCUGGAGAAGCUUGCCAGUUAUUUAAUGGCAAUAUGUGAAAAUUCGCCCACCACUUAAUGUUCCUGGCAUUGCCUUAGACAAGUAAAUUAUUUGAUAGUGUCGAAUUUUGCUCCAUAAGGGAGUUUCAGAAUCUCAGUUCAUUUCAGUUUUUGUAAUUUUUGACUCAGUCUAAUUCACAGAUGACUCUUCUGGAUAUGUAUUUUCUUUCAAAUGUCAGGAGAAAAUCUCUCUGAAUAGCACUGUUUUGCACAAUUAUCAAUGUAGCAGAUACUAAAUGAUAAAGGAUCAGCUAAUAAAAGAAGAAACGGAGUGGGGGAGGGGGAGGGUGUUCUCGGGCUAAUGUUCACUGUACUGUGGCGAGUUAUUGUUCCCUGCAUUGAAUUUAGUGAAUCAAAUCCUUAAAAUGUUUGUGGCUGUAUGCUAGGUGGGGUUGGCAUAUUGAACCUGAUUGGCAGAAUUCAGUGGCAGG